AUAGCAUCACAACAUGUCUUCAUUAAGGAACGCCGUCCAACGGCGGAACCACCGAGAACGAGCGCAGCCUGCAGAGCGUGCCAAAUGGGGUCUGCUCGAGAAGCGGAAAGACUACAAGCUACGAGCCGCAGAUCACAAGCUCAAGAAGCGAAAAAUCAAUGCGCUUAAGCAGAAAGCAACGGAGCGCAAUGAAGAUGAGUUCUACUUUGGGAUGUUGAGCUCGACGACAAAGGGCGGAAUCAAGAGGAGUCAGAGAGGAGAAGAUAACUCUGGUGGUGGCGGGAAGUCAUUGAGCGUUGACACGGUGAAAUUGAUGAAGACGCAAGAUCAAGGAUACCUGCAAACGAUGCUUCAGCGGACGAAAAAUGAGAUCGCUCGACUGGAACAAGAAGUUAUCAUGGCCACCCACGGUGUCAAAUUGACGAAAGGCGCUACUCAUGGCACUUUCGGGGAGGAUGGCAGUCUCGAAUUGACGGUGCCCGGCGCCUCAGAAAACAUAUUCGACGACGAAGAUUUGGGGUCGCUUGAUGGUGAUCUCGAAAUGGAGGACGGUCGAUCAGAAGCAUCAGGGAAGUCAGAUGACGAAGACUUUACGCCCGAGCAGCGCGCCACGAGAGAUCGCAAGCGGCAUGCAUUAGAUGUCAAGCGGAAAAAUUUGAAAGCACUACGUGAUCAAGAGGACAAGCUUGCUUCCGCGCUGGACGGCGUUGAGCACCAGCGUGCCAAGAUGAAUCGCACAAUCGGAGGUGUUAAUAAGAAGGGCGUUCAGUUCAAGCAACGGGAACGGAAACGAUAGAGCACGGUAAAAGGCAUGGAUAUGGCGUUCAACGGAGAUUUUGAUGAAUCGCAUGAGAUACCCCACAGUAGGCGCUUGAAAUUACAUUUUUGAAGGCAUCCUGGUUCCUCC